UACAGCCCCUCGUCAGUCUGGAACACUAUUCAGCCUUAUUUUCUUCAAGCCUGAAGCAAACAAACAAGCGGCAACAUGGUUGUGUGGACUGAUCAAGAGCGCGCUGCCAUCAGCGGCAUCAUGGGCGGCCUGAUCUACGAGGACGACGGCCCCAAGGCUCUGUGCAGGUGCCUGAUCGUUUACCCCUGGACUCAGAGGUACUUUGGCGCUUUCGGCAACCUCUACAACGCCGAGGCCAUCAAGAACAACCCCCAGAUCGCCACCCACGGCACCAAGAUCCUGCACGGUCUCGACCGGGCUCUGAAGAACAUGGACAACAUCAAGGAAACAUACGCCGAGUUGAGCGUGUUGCACUCUGAGAAGCUCCACGUGGAUCCCGACAACUUCAAGUUGCUGGCUGACUGCUUGACCAUCGUCAUUGCCGCCAAAAUGGGAAGCAGCUUCAACCCGGAAAUUCAGGCCGCGUGGCAGAAGUUCUUGGCCGUUGUGGUGUCCGCUCUGGGAAGGCAGUACCACUAAACCCAGACGCUCUGGCUUUAGUGCUACGUAUCUCGAUAUGUUUUACUUCUCCCAAAAGAAAUAAAAGACCACCAAAGCAAA